AUAUUAAUUUUCUGUAGUACUCAAUGACAAAUCCUCUGAAUGUGAUAUUUUAUGAUAGUAAUACAGUAAAGUUGAGAGAUUUUCAGCUCUGAUCAGGUGCAAUAAUAUUAUAGUACUCUGAGUGACGCUGUUGGUCAGGGUGUGCAGUCUGUAAACCUCAUUUUUGGAUCCUCCCCUGUGUUCUGACUGCAUACAGACCGGAUUUCUCUUCACUUGGAGCUGUCUCUCGAUUAAACAAACAUCACUGCAGUACCACAGUUGAGCAUUUUUGAAAAUAUUGUAUUUGGUUUAUUUUAGCCUGCGUUUAAAAGUCUUAAUAGUGUCUAGUUUGGAGUGUUUAUAAGAUGGGUUUUCUUUGUUCCCUCGAUGCCUGGAUAAGAGGCUCUGCUGUCCGCGUUUCGACAUGGCUGACAAUGCUUCUGGUUGGAUUUGCUUUUGUCAUGGCCGUUGCGCACGGACAGGUCCGUUAUUCUAUUCCCGAGGAGAUGAACAAGGGAUCAGUGGUGGGGAAUAUCGUUCAGGAUCUCGGUUUGGAUGUAAAGAGACUGAAAUCUGGUCGAGCGCGGAUCUUUACGGAGGACAGUCGUGAGUACAUCGGUCUGAAUGUGGAUAAAGGCACUCUGCUAGUGAGAGAGAGGAUAGAUAGAGAGGAGCUGUGCGCUCAAGUGUCUCCAUGCUCUUUACAUUUUCAGAUCAUUCUAGAUAAUCCAAUGGAAUUACAUGCAAUUGAUGUGGAAAUAUUGGAUAUCAAUGACCAUGCCCCUGCUUUUGAUAGAAAAGAAUUUAGUAUUGAAAUAAUAGAAUCUGCAGCCCCUGGUUCGGUGUUUUCUUUAGACAGUGCGCAUGAUCCUGAUGUUGGACUGAAUACACUGCAGAGAUACACCCUUAAUCCCACGGAAUGUUUUACUUUGAAAGAAAUAUCUUGGAGUGAUGGUGUGAAAUAUGUUGAGAUGGUGUUAAAAACACCUUUAGACAGAGAGCUUCAGGAAGAGCAUCAUUUAAUUUUGACAGCAUUUGAUGGUGGCACUCCUCAGAAAUCUGGAACAGUUAAGAUAACCGUCACUGUACUUGAUGUAAACGACAAUUCUCCUGUGUUCAGUCAGCCAACAUACCGAGUGUCUUUGUCAGAAAAUUCUCCAAAGGAUACUGUAGUAGUGACAGUCAGUGCUACUGACAAGGACGAAGGAUCUAAUGGAGAGAUUACCUAUUCAUUUUCACAAAGCACCGGAAAAGAGGCCAUGGGUCUUUUUAUUAUUAAUUCCGACAGUGGAGAAAUAAAAGUAAACAGUUCCUUGGACUUUGAAAAAUCGAAACAAUACGAACUGAAUGUCAAGGCGAUGGAUAACGGCGGUCAAACUGAUACCAGUAAAGUGCUGAUUGAUAUUAUUGAUAUUAAUGAUAAUUCUCCUGUUAUCAGUGUUAUUUCAUUUUCUAACCCGAUUCCUGAAGAUUCCGCCACUGACUCUGUUGUAGCGAUGUUUAAUAUUAAAGACAUAGACUCUGGAAAAAACGGUCAGAUUAAAUGCACAGUGAAUUCAGAUCUGCCGUUUCGCAUCAAAGCCACAUCCAAUAAUUUCUACACUUUAGUCACCGACCGGAUUUUAGAUCGUGAAAAGUUUUCUGAAUACAAUAUAACGAUCACAGCUACAGAUGAAGGAUCUCCAUCUUUAUCUACUAAUAAAACCCUGAGGCUUAAAAUAUCUGAUGUGAACGACAACGCCCCUGUUUUCCAGCGUCACUCAUACACCGCUUAUGUGAUGGAAAAUAAUUCACCUGGAGUGUCUAUAUUUGCAGUGACAGCAACUGACAGAGACUCUGGCAAUAAUGCGCGAAUUUCUUAUGUUUUAGAAGAUCUUUCUGUGAACGGACUUUCUGCUUCGUCUUAUAUUUCAGUUAACGCAGAGAGCGGAGAGAUUGUUGCUAUUCGAUCUUUUGACUUCGAGCAAAGCAAAGAGUUCAAUAUUCGCGUAAAAGCGCAGGAUGGAGGCAACCCGCCUCUCAGUAGCAACGUGAGUGUGAAAAUCAGUAUUCAGGACCAGAAUGACAACGCGCCUCAGAUCCUGUAUCCAGUACAAACUGGUGGCUCUGUGGUGGCUGAAAUGGUGCCUCGUUCAGCAGAAGUGGGCUAUCUUGUGACUAAAGUGGUGGCUGUGGAUGUGGACUCUGGCCAGAAUGCCUGGCUCUCAUAUAAACUGCACAAAGCGACAGACAGGGCGCUGUUUGAAGUGGGCUUACAGAAUGGAGAAAUAAGAACUGUGCGCCAAGUCACUGAUAAAGAUGCUGUGAAACAGAAGCUCACUGUUGUAGUGGAGGACAACGGACAGCCCUCUCGUUCAGCUACAGUCAAUGUUAACGUGGCGGUGGCGGACACUUUCCCUGAAGUGCUCUCCGAGUUCACUGACUUUACGCACGACAAGGAAUACAACGACAACCUGACAUUUUAUCUCGUCCUGGCCUUGGCUGUAGUUUCUUUUCUCUUUAUCGUGUCCAUCAUAGCUAUACUGUCAGUCAAAUGCUACAGAUGGAGACGUGAGCGGAUAUUUUACAAAUCCGGUGCCAAUCUUCCAGUUAUUCCGUAUUAUCCACCCCUUUACGCAGACGUAGGAGGAACAGGAACUUUACAGCAUAUGUACAAUUAUGAAGCUUACAGAACCACUGACUCUAGAAAGAGUGAUCUGAAAUACGCCAGACCUCCUACUGAGAGCAUCAUUAGUCUGGACGCCAGAGGAACACAGACUCUUACGCAUGCGCAGAAGAUGAAAUCUUGUGAAGACUCUGAUCAGGUGAGGGCUACAAUAAAAACAUGUCUACACGCAGAGAUACGGGCAGCUUUCUGAUAUCUCAAAUUUACAUGCUUUUUUCAUGUACAAAAUACAAUUUUGCUAUCUCAUAUUACUGUCUUAUAAGAAGGCUGCAUAUAAUUUGUACUAGGAUACGUCUUUGUUUGUACUUAAUUUCGAUAAAGACAAUUUUGUGUUGCGUUUUAGUAUUGUCAAAAUUUACUCAUUGUUUUUAGUGGUGACAUCAUGUAAACUACCUUCAUGUGAUUCGAGAGUGCGAGAUCUGCUCUAUGAAGCAACAGCAAAUAAUUAUCAAACGAAAUAUUUAUGUUUGUAAACAGUUCAUUACCAAUGCAGCAGUGCUACCAUAUACCUGAAUUUGUCAGGGUGAAAGCCAAGUUUGUCGUCUCUAAAACCCUAACUGUUUAAAGGAUGUAUAAUAAGGUUUAAAACGUUUCAUAUGUCCGAUUUUGUCUCUUAUUAUUCAUCAUACUUUCAAUUAUAACUGUUAGAACCACUU